GAGCGGUGCUACUGUGGUGGAGGAAAGGAAGCAGAGGUCUGGUCAGGCUGAGGCGGUGGUAGAUUCUCUGCAAGCGGCAAUAGAAACGCUGCGGGAACAGUUGCGGGAAAGUAAACAGCUGCUGGAGGAGGAGAGGUGCCAAAACAUAAUAUUGAAGGAGGAGUUAAGGAAUCAGCUCCUGAGGGAGGCAGACUCCUUGGCGGAAACAGAAGGGGACCUGAAGGGAGCAAAAGAGACCACAGGUAGCCCCCUCCACAUGUACCCGUUGGUUAAAAAGGAAUACGUAUAUGAAGACGACGGUGAUAAGCGUCCCCAGGUUAUUACUAAAGAAAUCCCUUUUGCGGCAACCGAAUUGGCAAAGGUGCAAACCGCGAGAGAAUCGGAGACCGAAUAUGUCUGCCGGGUGUCCCUGUUGGGGGGGUACGCAAUCUUGUUGUCAGAAAGGGAAGUGGAAGGGUAGUGGGGCCCAGGUGUGUUCUUAACCACCGGCGAUCACCGAGCCCCGUGAUCGCUGACUCAGAGGGCCACGUACUGGGCGGAGGGGUUGAACCCGCUAGAGAGGGGGGAUCCCCUGGCCAUAAAGGGCACGACAGAUGAGUUAUUGGAAAGUGUGCAGAAAGCGGCUUGCCUUCAGAUAACGUAUGACUGGGAACUCAAGCCUAAUCUGAGCUCCCCAAUGCUGCUGCCAGCAGACCCCGAAAGAAUGACUCCCCUAAUAUGGGGGCUUCCCGAUUCCCUGAAACCCAUAGGGAUUCAGCUGCAGGGGAGAAUUCAAAACAUCCCCAGCGAGGAGAGAACCACGGCUGCCCUGGAGGGGGUGGUGGCCCCUGACCGUCGGUAGCCGGGGAGGAAAGUGUGGAUGUGGGGGGAGAUAGCCCAAGAGCUGAUUAACUAUGGGAGGAAAUAUGGACCUGUUAACCGACCAUAUCCAAAGGCUGAAACCAGAGCCAUACCUUUGUAUGAUUUACUGCGGAAAAAGGCCCAAUGGGAGUGGAUCCAGGUCCACAAUGAGGCGUUAUGGCUGUUGGUGUUUGAGGCAAAUGCCUACCAAGCCGUGGGACCUAUCCAUCCGACAGAUCCAGUCCAAACUGAAUGGGGGUUUGCCCGAACUGGGCUCUCAAUUCAUUUGUGGCAGAAGGGACCACAGGGGCCCAUUCGGUCCAUUGGGUUCUAUUCAUGUGGUUUCAAGGUUGCUGAAAAAAGGUACACAACUUGGGAAAAGGGCCUAUUUGUAGUUAGUCUAGCUUCGAGAGAGGCUGAACGAACUAUCCGACAGCAGCCCAUAAUCCUUUGGGGCCCAUUUAAAGUGACCAAAGCAGUUUUAACGGGAACCCCACCCCCUGAUGGGGUGGCUCAAAGAGCCUCUGUGCGGAAAUGGUAUGCCCAAAUAGAGCAUUAUUGUGAGAUCUUUUCUGUAUCUGAAGGAGCUACUAAAGUGCUGGAUAUACAGGAUGAGGCAGACCUAGAUAAGGAUGUGCCCCAGCUUGCUCCUGUGAUACAAAUAGCUCCCCCAUUUUCUGAACAGUUACAGAACGUACGGUUUACAGAUACUUCAUCGAAACGAGAAGGAAAGAUUUGGAAGUAUCGAGCUGUGGCACUUCAGGUCGGGACUAAGGAACAAAUCAUUACUGAAGGGGAGGGCAGCGUGCAGACACCCCCUGGAAAAUGGCCCCCUGCACUUAAGAGAAGGAAAGGGUUUGUGAGAGGCCUGGCGGGUUGA